AUGAUGAUAGUGUGAAGUAGCGGCAGGUUGUGAUAUUGGCAGUGGUAGUGGCAGGGGUCACAAUUGUAUAUAGUGGUGCCGACAACUAUGAUGGUGAAGAUAAUCGUGAGUGGUGGUGGCAGGUGAGUAUCUAAGAGACGAACGGCGGGGUAAGCGAAGGAGAGAUCGGAAUGGACGGCCCUCCAGGCGGCGAUCUGUGUUCGGUUUGCCAUGGCAACUUCGACACUCCUUGUCAGGCCAAUUGCUCUCACUGGUUUUGCGGAAAUUGUAUUAUGCUUGUUUGGCAUCAUGGAUCGGCAGUUCGCCCUUGUAAAUGCCCACUGUGUCGUCGUCCCAUCACUUUGUUGGUUCCAAGUAGGGCGUCUUCAAGGCAGCUUGAUAGGCCGGAGGUUGCAGAGAUUCUAAGGAAGGUUGAAAGGUACAAUCGUGUUUUUGGAGGUCAUUCCAGAAGUCUUCUUCAGAGAGCGCAGGACCUUCCUUUUCUCCUGCGGAGGCUGCUGCGAGAACUAAUUAAUCCUGAUAGAUCUCUUCCCCUUGUUAUAAGGGCUCGUGUUUGGAUUGCAAUGAUAAUGGGUGCUGCGUACCUAUUCAGUCCUUUUGACUUCAUCCCGGAAGCAAUAUUUGGUAUAGCCGGUCUCUUGGAUGAUUUCUUCAUAGUGCUCAUUGUGUUCUUCCAUGUUGCUGCCAUUUAUCGGUCGGUACUCUAUCGCCGUCAUGGAGGUUCCUGAACUGUGCGACCAUGGAAAUUUUUAAUCACACAGAAAAAACAGGGAAGGAGCUGGAUUUUAUAUUUUUUCCGUUACAUGGGGUCGAAAAAUCGUAGAUGAUUCACGAAAGAUAGGAUUGUACAAGAAGGCCAUCUAUACAUUUCAGGUAGUUUCCGUCGAUUUUUGAACAUGUAGAACCUACUUAUGUCUAUACCGGUUCAUCGAGUGUCAAUAGUACAUCGACAUUCGCACGCUUUUUACGGUAUGUGGGGUUUAGGGUAAGCGUAGCUCGCCGUAUUCCGUAGCUUUCUGUUGUAUUACUAUUUGAUCACAUUACCUAUGUAAUGACGAGUUUUUGACACAGAUCAUCUGAUAGAGAUGGUUGUAUGAUGAGAGUGUAUGUCGAGUCCUUAUAAAUGAUUCUUUCGUGGGACCAUGUGGAACCAACUAACAAUGUGACAUCUAAAUUCCAAAUUAA